CAGAAUUAGUGUUCUAAACAAUGGCUGCCCCCAUGCCUAAUUUUUCAGUUGGGGAAACAAGCCGAGAUAAAUUAAAGAAUGAUCCCAAAUUAAGGCCAGAAGACGUACAGAACUUUUCUUUUAUAAUAAAUAAUAUUAUUGGAGAAAAGAAACAUAGACAAAAUGCAUUCCUUCCACUUGGCACUGUACCUGGAAUGGGUAAAUCUAGAGAAGAAGUUUUUAUUGCCAGUAUAUUUGAGAGUUGUGCUUUCAAAGCUACAGCAAGUUGUGUAAUUGGCUUUGCAUUAGGUGGAGCUUUUGGUUUGUUUACUGCAGGUGUUGAUCCAAUGUCAACUAUAUCUCCUGAAACACCCACAACUCGUAUGGUUCUGAAAGAAAUGAAGCUACGGUUUCUGUCUUAUGGCAAAAAUUUUGCUUUAGUUGGGGCCAUGUUUGCGGGUACAGAAUGUUUAUUAGAAACACAUAGAGGAAAAUCAGAAUUAUUAAAUGGAACAUUAUCUGGUGGCAUUGUUGGCGGAGUUCUAGGAUUGAGAGCUGGUCUUAAAGCAGGUUUACUUGGUGCUGCCGGGUUUGCUUUGUUCUCUACAGCUAUAGAUUAUUAUUUACGGCAUUGAUGUUUUAUAUAGAGACUAGAGCAGAAUAGACUAUAGAUAUUUAUGUGUUAAACCAGACAUAAGCAUCUGGUAAAAAUGAUUGAUAACUGUGUAUUGGAGUAAGAAGGGACUACAGUUCUAAAGUUAUGACUUCUAACUUAAAACAUAUUUCACCCAAUUUGGUCAUUCAUAGAAUUUUUUCUAUGGUUAUCAAAGCCUGUAUAAAUGAAGAGACAUAGAGCUUUAAGGAGCUAUCUAAACAUUUGCUUUAUCUAUAGACAAAAGCUUAUCAAAGAUCUACAAAAUGCUUGUUCUGUUUGAGCCUCAAAUAUUGAACUAUUAUUAAUUGAACUGGAAAUAAACAGUACACAAUUCUAUGGAAUACAACUAGUGUUUAUUACUAAGGAACCUUUUGACUAGGAUUCUCUAGUUUUUUUCUAAUAGAAUCAUAUUUAAAACAUCCUUCAGUAAUUGUAUUCCAUAGAAUUGAUUCCUGUGUCACUCCACUCAACACGAAUUCAUAAAAAUAUAAAAUAGCGGACAAUUAGCGACUACUUUCAUUUCAUUGUAGAUUUCAGUUGCAAAAUUUAAAGUGAUUUCAAGGUUGAAGUAAAAUAAAACUAUAGCAGAUUGUUAUGUAUAUAAAUGUUUACUAGAAUUAAAACCAUUUUAUUUAAAUCAUUUAAUAAAAAUAUAUAUAUCUU